GCCCCGGGGCGGGGGGUGCCGGCUACCUCAGCCCUCACGUGAGCAGUGAACGAUGGCGCAGAACGGAGUCUCGGAUGGCGAGGAGGAGGCGACGGAGGAGAGAGCACGGAGCAGUCUCUCCGACACGCAGCCCCUGCUCCCCCGCAGCAAUGUGUCUACCCCCGGAGCGCCCAUGUGCUGCUCCGCACGCUACAACCUCGCGGUGCUCUCCUUCCUCGGCUUCUUCAUGGUCUACGCGCUGCGCGUUAACCUCAGCGUCGCCCUGGUCGCCAUGGUGAACCACACCACCGACGGCAACGUCACGGCCGCGUCGUCGUGGCACGCGGGCGACGUGGACUGCCCGGGGCGCGUGGUGGACAACGGCACGGACGCGGGGCCUGGGCGGGGACCAAAGUACAACUGGGAUGUGAAGACCCAGGGCUGGAUCCUCAGUGCCUUCUUCUAUGGCUACAUCAUCACACAGGUGCCCGGGGGAUACCUGGCCGGGCGCUACGGGGGGAAGAUGUUGUUUGGGAUCGGCGUCGCCUGCACCACGCUGCUGACGCUGGCCACGCCGCCCGCGGCGAGCUUCGGGGUCCCCUGGCUCAUCGUGGUGCGCGUCAUCGAGGGCUUCGGGGAGGGAGCCACUUUUCCCACCAUGCACGCCAUGUGGGCCCACUGGGCCCCGCCGCUGGAGAGGAGCCGGCUGCUCACAAUCUCCUACGCCGGUGCUCAGUUUGGGACGGUCGUUUCUCUACCGCUGUCGGGCCUUCUCAUCGACACCCUGGGCUGGCCGUCCGUCUUCUACAUAUUCGGCGGGCUGGGUGUGGCGUGGUGCGUCCUGUGGUUCCUGCUGGCCUGGGACACCCCCGACAGCCACCCACACAUCUCGGAGCAGGAGAGGAGCUACAUCAAGGACUCACUUCGGCACAUGGAGCAUGGCGAGGGUCACCGGCGUGUGCCCUGGGGGAGCAUGGCGCUGUCCCCGCGCCUCUGGGCCAUCAUUGUCGCCCACUUCUGCUACAACUGGGCAUUCUACACGCUGCUCACGUGCCUGCCCAUGUACAUGAACGACGUCCUGCACUUCAACAUCAAGAAGAACGGGCUGCUGUCUGCUCUGCCCUACCUGGGCUGCUGGCUGGCCAUGGUGCUGGGAGGACAGGUAGCUGACCACAUCCGCAUGCGCCACCUGCUGUCCGUGACAGCCACGCGCAAGGUCUUCACCACGCUGGGCCUGCUGGGCCCCGGCGUGUUCCUGGUGGCCACCGGCUUCGUGGGCUGCAACUACACGCUGGCGGUCGCCUUCCUCACCCUCUCCUCCUCCAUGGGGGGGCUCAGCAUGUCCGGCUUCAACAUCAACCACCUGGACAUCGCGCCACAAUAUGCUGGCAUUCUCCUCGGCAUCACCAACACGUUUGCCACGAUCCCCGGCUUCCUGGGGCCUCUGGUCGUAGGGUACCUGACCCCCGAGCACUCGCUGCCCGAGUGGCAGACGGUGUUCAACAUCGCGGCGAGCGUGGACGCGUUCGGGGCACUCGCCUACCUCGUGCUGGGCUCCGGGGAGCUGCAGGAUUGGGCCAAGGACCUGCCGAUUCACACGCACGCACAGUGAUAUCACGCAACACCACGUACGCACAGUGAUAUCACGCACGCACCACCACGCACGCACAGUGAUAUCAAGCACGCAACACCACGCACACACAGUGAUAUCACGCAUGCAUCACCAUGCAUGCAACACAACUCACGCAUAAUGAUAUCACGCACGGCAUACACAGUGAUAUCACACACGGCAUGCACACAGUGAUAUCACACACACAACACGUGCUCGCACCUCACGCAAACGCACGGACAGCGAUAUCACACACAGCACGCACACAGUGAUAUCACACACACGUCAAACCCACACAUCUCACACGCACGCGUGUGCAAUCGUAGCCCGCACACGUGACCUCCCUGCGUGGGCGCAGGGAACCUCCAUAAGUGCCUUGAUUGUUUACACUACGCCCGGCUGUGAGACGUGGCGGGGGGAGACGCCGCACUUGAUCGGCUCGGCCGAGACUGCUGGCGGUGGUUGUGGUGGUGGGGAGACCGCUGCCCUCCACCCACCCCUCACCCCCUCACCCCUUCACCCCUUCACCCCUUCACCCCCUCACCCAGUCGUGGGAAGCCCUGGGCAGCCACGGGAGUGAUUGUCUCGCGCUGGUUGUGCUGCCGUACGCCGAGCCAGCACCGAUUCCAUGCCCACUCAGCCCAGCCGUGGGCUGGCACAUUAAGAGCGAACAGGGUGAAUGAAGGGGGUGGGCGGACUGCGGGGAUACACAAAAUGCCCCACAUGGGGAGGCUGUAGUUGGUGUCGAGAGUAGGGCUGGUGCUGCUUGUGUCUUUGGCCGGUGUAUGAUUAGGGGUAGGGUCUGGUUGGUUGGUGUAUGGUUAUGCGUAGGACAGUGUUCUUCACUAAUGUUCAGAGAGGGGGGGCCCACUUUCGCCGAUAAUACAUAAGUGUGAGGGCCGCCACACAUUUAAAACCAUUGGGGUUUGACAGCACUAUGAUGGGGGUGUUUUCCCAUUUGUGUAUUGUCGGCGGCCGCACUAAAGGCCACGAAGGGCCGCCAGUGGCCCUUGGGCCUUGCAACGAAGAACGCUGGCGUGUGGUCUGGUCGCGAGUGCGGUGUGGUUAUUGACAAGGAUUGCUUGGCUGGUGGGGUAGAGUUAGAGGUUGACACGUGGUCACCGGUCACUGCUGAGGUCAGCUCUGCCGUCACUGCCGAGUGAGCGACGCCUCCGCCACACGCUGCUCACGGCCGUGUCCGCCAAAUCGCCACGGUUUUUUUUGUAUCUUCAGGCUUUUUUAAUCUUAAAGAGGUGGAGAUAAGGGAUUCGGUAUUUGUUUGAUGAUAUUGCACUUUUCUGCGGCUCGGAUGAAAGGGCCUCUCCGGCUAACCGGGGUGGGUGCUGUUUACCGUGUCGCCCGCGUGAUUUUGUCCGUCGAUUUCUGUGCGUGCCGGUUGCGAUCGUCAGCUCGGCCACUCUUUCUAAUAAUAAAUGACACUCCCUUGGUAAUAAUG